UAAUUAAAAAAAAAAUUCCGGAAAAAAAAGCUUUCACCCUUAAAAUGGCUGCUCGUGUCGAGGCGGCAGCAACACACUUGUCGUCUCUCCCAGCAGCUUCUCUGGUGUUUUCGCAGUCGCGAAUCUAUUUUUUUUCGAGAAAUUAAUUAGGAAGAAGAAGGGUUUUUGGGGCUUUGAUGCUUUGCUUUCACUGAAGGAGAAGAAGAGGAAGAAAGAGUGAACACAAGGAAUAUGGGAACUCACAUCAAUUUCAACAACUUAGGAGGUGGUGGUCCUCAGGGAGGGGAAGGGAGUAACCAGAUGAAGCCAACGGGUAGUGCCAUUCCCUUGGCGAGGCAGUCCUCGGUUUAUUCCUUAACAUUUGAUGAGCUUCAGAACACACUAGGUGGACCGGGGAAAGAUUUCGGGUCGAUGAACAUGGAUGAACUCCUGAAGAGCAUAUGGACUGCUGAGGAAGCUCAGGCCAUGGCCAUGACUUCUCCAGCUGUUACAGCGGUAGCACAACCUGGUGGGAAUCUCCAGAGGCAAGGCUCGUUGACAUUGCCUAGAACGAUUAGUCAGAAGACUGUUGAUGAGGUCUGGAAAUGUUUGAUCACCAAGGACAGUAGGAACGGUAAUAUGGGAGGUAGCAGCGGAGGCGGUGGUGAGUCGAAUGCGCCUCCUGUGAGGCAACAGACUUUAGGGGAGAUGACACUUGAAGAAUUUCUGUUUCGUGCCGGAGUUGUUAGAGAAGAUAACUGUACUCAGCAGAUGGGUCAGGUCAAUGGAAACAAUAACAACGGGUUUUAUGGUAACAACGGCGCUGCUGGAGGAUUAGGCUUUGGGUUUGGUCAGCCAAAUCAAAACAGCAUAUCAUUCAAUGGCAAUAAUGACUCCAUGAUCUUGAAUCAGCCACCUGGUUUAGGCCUCAAAGUGGGUGGGGCAAUGCAGCAGCAGCCACAACAGCAGUUUCAACAACAGCCACAACUGCAGUUGCAGCAGCAGCCACGACAGCAGCUGAAUCAGCCACAUCCACAGCAGCAGCAGCAGCGGCUGCCUCAGACCAUUUUUCCUAAACAAGCAAACGUAGCAUUUGCUGGGCCUGUGGGUAUGGUCAACAAGAAUUACGCCGGGGCUGCAAAUAACUCCAUCAACAAUAAUAAUGGAUUAGCUAGUUUCGGAGGAGCCGGGGUCACUGUUGCAGCAACUUCUCCAGGGACAAGCAGCGCAGAAAACAAUUCUUUGUCACCAGUUCCGUAUGUGCUUAAUCGAGGAAGAAGAAGCAAUACGGGUCUAGAGAAGGUUAUCGAGAGGAGGCAAAGGAGAAUGAUCAAGAACAGGGAAUCAGCUGCUAGAUCAAGAGCUCGAAAGCAGGCUUAUACCUUGGAACUGGAAGCCGAAAUUGAAAAGCUUAAGAAAGUGAACCAAGAAUUGCAGAGAAAGCAGGCUGAAAUGAUGGAAAUGCAGAAGAAUGAGCUGAAGGAAUCAUCGAAGCAACCGUGGGGCAGCAAAAGGCAAUGCUUGAGAAGGACACUAACCGGUCCAUGGUAAAAUCAGAACGAAGCAACAAGAACUAAUCAAAACCAGACACCACUAUGCAUGGGGCUAAUGUAAUAGGAGAUAGAGCUACCUGUACAGGAGAUAAAAGACAAAUUAUUGAGUGAAAAUCUAGGUUACAGAGUAGGAGAAAUUUUCAUUAUGAAUAAUGACAUAUUUUGUUGUACCCUUGCUUCAUUAGUCUAGGUUUAGAUAAUCCUUUUUUCUUGUGUUUUCUGGUUUGUUGGGAUUUCUCAAAGACAUCGUUGUUUAUAUAUGACUUGACCUUUUAUUA